CCCAUCAAUCUACUUUGUUUCUGAUUCUCUCGAUGUACUUUCCAAUUCUUUCCUCUAUAAAUUGCUGUCCACAAAACCCACCACGCUCCCUCCUUUUCUUCCACCAAUUCAUUUCAUCACUAUUGUCUCUCUGUUCUCUCUGUUUCUUUUGUUUUCGGUAUUAGUUUUGACUUCCGUCGAUGUUUUUGCUUUGUUUCUUCUGAUUAUCAUUGUUUUCUUUACGAUUCUUUGCAAUUCUUCAUCUGGGUCGGAUUCUCCGGGCUGUUUUAUCGCCUAAAUUUGCAGAAACUGAUCGAAGAUUAUCAAAUUUUGCAGUUUUCACCUCUCUGGUUCGUGGGCUGCCUCGAACAGUUCGUAGUUUAUCGAGAUUUGAUCUUCCAGCUCCCAAUUAUUUUACUUAGCGUUUGAAUUCUGUAGUUGAUUCUUAUAUAUAUAUAUAUAUGUACUCAUUGAUUUUCUUCUUCUUCUCAUCUUCAUCAAGUUAUUUGAACAAAUUUCUUGGUCUGGUUUUUAUGCCUUCUAUGUGUUUGUGAAAAGUCCCCAGUGGUUUUAGACUUCCUUUGUUUUCUUUUUUCCUCUUUACUUUCAAGCUAUCUGUCCAUAAGUAUUGAAACAUGGAUUUAGUAAAUGCGGGCGAGGCCAGUGAUGCCCCGGCGGGUAAGAACUCCGGUAAUCAAGUGGCGGACAUUGUUUCCGGUAAGUCUAGUAAUCCCGGAGAGAAGGAUCUGGGUUCAAAAUUGGAGACAGGAAGCAAAAGCAGCAAGGAUAUGGUUUUUCGAGCGGAUAAGAUUGAUUUCAAGAAUUGGGAUAUUCAGCUGGACAAGCACUUGAGCAGGGCUUGGUCGAGGGACAGGGAAGUGCCAGACAAAAAGGAAGAAUGGGAGAUUGACUUGUCUAAACUUGAUAUCAGAUACGUCAAAGCUCAUGGAACUUUUGGUACCAUUUACAGAGGAAAUUAUGAUGGCAAUGAUGUUGCAGUGAAAGUGCUUGAUUGGGGGGAGGACGGUGUCUCCUCAGUCGCUGAAAUUGCUGCUCUUCGUACAUCUUUUCGCCAGGAAGUUGCUGUUUGGCAUAAGCUUGACCAUCCCAAUGUUGCAAAGUUUUUUGGAGCAUCAAUGGGGACGUACAACCUUAAAAUCCCUUCCCAAAACUCAUCAAGUGAUGGUAACCAAUCUUUUCCUUCAAGGGCUUGCUGCGUUGUUGUUGAGUAUCUUCCAGGAGGAACACUAAAGGGAUUUUUAAUAAAAAAUAGGAAAAAGAAACUUGCACUUAAGGUUGUAAUUCAACUUGUUUUGGAUCUUUCUAGAGGUUUGAGCUAUCUACACUCCAAAAAGAUUGUACACCGUGAUAUCAAAACAGAAAAUGUGCUGCUAGAUGCUCAGAGGACUCUGAAAAUCGUUGAUUUUGGCGUCGCCCGAGUCGAAGCACAGAAUCCAAGGGAUAUGACUGGAGAGACUGGCACCCUCGGUUACAUGGCCCCAGAGGUCCUUGAUGGCAAGCCUUAUAAUCGUAAAUGUGAUGUGUAUAGUUUUGGUAUAUGUUUGUGGGAAACAUAUUGUUGCGAUAUGCCUUACCCAGAUCUCAGUUUUGCUGAAGUCUCAUCUGCAGUUGUGCAGCAGAAUUUACGACCAGAAAUCCCUCGAUGUUGCCCGAGUUCCUUAGCAAAUAUCAUGAGAAGGUGUUGGGAUGCAAAUCCAGAAAGGCGACCUGACAUGGAUGAGGUUGUAAAAUUGUUGGAAGCCAUUGAUACAAGUAAGGGAGGUGGCAUGAUACCUGAAGACCAGGCAUCUCGUUGUUUCUGCUUCGGCAAGCCUCGUGGUCCUUAGUUUCUCGACGUCAUUCACUAUGCCUGCCAUUGUAUAAGAAUUCAUUGAUUCACAGAAUACAAUUCUCAAGGUUUUAUAGUCUGAACUUGAAUCAAAUACUGAAUAAUGAAAUGUGAACCUGUAAUUAUAUUUUGUUUGUUGCAUGGAUUUGCAUUCAUAUGAAUGCUUUGUUA